AAAGGUGACAAGGAGAGCGGGAAAUGCCGAGCAAAAAGAGGAAGAAAGGGGCGGUUCCCGUCUACCUUAAUGUCUAUGAUCUUACCCACUUCAAUGGCUAUGCUUACUGGUUCGGCCUCGGCAUUUACCAUUCCGGCGUUCAAGUACAUGAUGUUGAAUAUGGAUUUGGUGCCCACGAGCGUGCUCUUUCGGGCAUAUUUCAAGUAGAACCGAAGCAGUGCCCUGGCUUCAGAUUCCGAAGAUCAAUCCUCAUAGGGAGAACCGAUUUGUGUCCAAACCAAGUGAGGGAAUUCAUGGACAAACUAUCUAAACGCUAUACUGGCAACUCCUAUAAGCUCAUCACCAACAACUGUAACCAUUUCUGCAAUGAUGUCUGUACCCAGUUGACUGGGAAUUCAAUUCCUCGAUGGGUCAAUCGACUGGCUUAUUUUGGUUUCUGGUUCAAUUGUGUCCUCCCACCUGGUUUGAGUGAGACAAAAGUUGAGCGUCCUAGAAAUAAUGAAGACAGAAUAAUGUACGAGAAGAAGCUAACAAGAAGUAUCGAUUCAACCAGUUUUGCCUCUUCCAAUCAAAACCAUUUUGAGCUCAUCUGCAACAACUCCCAGGCUGCUUCACUUAAUUCUGCUUCUAAUUUAUCUACAAUGACAGUUUAGUCACCUUUAUUUUUUUAAAGACAAUUUUAUUUGUACCAAUUUUAUAAUGAUUGAUUUUAUUUAAUUGAUAAUAAUAUAGAUCAUGAAGCUACAUGAUGAAA